UGGACAGAGGUAUGACCGCAUCACCACUGGACAGCUAUCGUCAAAAGGCUUCAUUUAAUUGGAGUGAAUUAAAAGAUAUAGUUGAAGGACAAGAAAACGUGCAAAUAAAAAAAAGACUUUACGAGACGCUCGAAAAGGAACCACUUUUCGCUCGUAACUACGACCGGCUGUCACGGGAAGAACUUCGCGAGCUGAAUCAUCGACGCUGGAAGAAAAUUCUCGAAUUAAAACUGCCAUGUGAUCAAUUCGGCGACUAUCAAGCUUACCACUGUUUAUUGGAAGUACUGGACAUGUACGAUCAGGGUCUAUCAGCUCGUCUAUCACUGCAUAGUACGGUGAAUACACUUAUCUAUUGCAUUUUAAUAGUGUUCAUCACUGCGAUUUUUUCCAUGGGUAGCGAGCGUCAUCAGGAAAUACUGGAAAGGGCCAGGAGAAACGAGAUCGUUGGCUGUUUCUCUCUGACUGAACUCAGCCACGGAUCGAACACGCAAGAAAUCCAGACCGUGGCCACCCUCGAUAAUGGAGAAUUCGUAUUCAAUUGUCCAAAUGACGGAGCUAUUAAGGACACACGGACAUUUGAACCACUUCCGGGGAUCACAAUUGGGGAUAUGGGCGAAAAGCCGGGUGCGUGGAACGGAGUUGAAAACGGUUGGAUGGAAUUCAAGAAUCAUCGUGCGCCCUUAUGGACGUUGCUGAACAAAGGUUGUGAGGUCACAUCUGAUGGUAAUUACAUAUCGAGCUACAAAUCGGCCAGUGAGAAGCAAUCCAUCAGCCUAGGUGCAUUGUCCGUUGGAAGGUGA